AUGAGGGUGACGCUGCUGGUGUUUGUUGGGGUACUAGUGCACUUCCGGCCGGUCAGUUCACACAUGAGGGCACCGGUUGCCCAGGGACCUCGCUUCAGCUACGACUCGGACCCACGAAAUCCCAUUGGUCACACUGUUGAGUUUAAGCCGCAAUCACCACAGUCCCUGCGAGUCACUGGCGUGCCGUCCAGGUCUGGAGAGUACAUACUGGACAACAUCCAUCUGCACUAUGGACCUGUCAGUUCCGGGCGCUUUAAUAAUGGAAGGCGGAAUAUGUUGGCUUCCUCGGAGCAUACACUGGCAGGGAGGAACUUCGAUGGCGAGUUGCACGUGGAACUAUACAACUGGCUUUAUGGCAGCCUGGAGGAGGCGGAGAAGUGGGCGGACGGGGUCGUGGUGCUAGCUUUCUUUGUGCAGACCGUUGAGUACGUCGAUGUAAUAUGCCAUGUUUCAGAGAGAGUCAACGAAGUUUCGAAGUCAACUCCACCCCUGGCUUUCAUCAUUGUUGGAGACAUUUGUGCCUCGAGUAACCAUACCACGUACGUGUUCCUUAAGACAGAAAUGUGA